GACAGUGUAAGGUCGGGCGAGGCGUUUCCAGUCGUCCCGUCUGUGUCUCUGGCGCGGCUGCCGCUGCCAAAUCUCUGCGCUAAACAGGAACGGCGGAAGAGGAGCUUAUCUCAGCCCUCCUCUUCCAAAAGCCGUUCUCCGGUCCCCCCCCCAUCUAGUGCUAGAUACGCAGGUUAAACUGACGAUGGGCAAUCUCGCUUGUUAUCUACGAAGCAUUUUCUGUAGACUUCGAGUUUUUUUUUGUUAGCCAGCUACAUUAGCUAAACAUUUUAACCAUAUUUAAUUUCGUCCUGCACUUAGUCGCCUGUUUUUUUCUCCUUCAAGAUCUUAAGUCCGUCGCUUCGGAAUUUCGAAACGCGUCUUGUGGACAGAAAAACCGACGCGUGUUUUGUAGGAUAUUAGAAAUCACUAAAAAAAAAAACCUUCCACGGAGCCCUUGGAAGAGACGAUCGGCAGUAGUUUCGGUGCAGACGGGAGCAAAAAAAGGAAAAGGAGAGAGCGAGAGAAAGGGGGAUAAUAUGCCUCCUAGUUAUUAGGUACGGGAGCGAAGUUCCCGAGUCGGUAGGCAGCAAACGGUGCCGUUUAAAGGGAACCGGGAGCAUCUGCGCUUCUCCGUAGGACCCCAUUAGAGCUCGGCUGAAGCAAGACGGCACUUCGCACGUUUUAUCUGUGAUGAAUAAUUAAUAAUCUACAUUUUAUAUCCGGAGGCCUUUCCUUGGAUUGAAGUCAAAUAUACGUUUUCCAGACUGACCCAGUGUCGCUGACUGCGCUGCUCACAGAUUGAUCGGCGUUUCCAUAUCCAUGUGGAUGUACUUUAUUUUAAUUUUUUUUAAGUACUGAUUCGAGUAACCUGCUCGGUAGCACUUCUCUUGGCGAAGCGCUGUUUGAUUUUUCCAGCUGCUCCAAAAUACUCUGCGCGCCUAAGCGGACUUGCUGUGCCAGACGGUCCAUCAUGGUGACCAGUCAGAGCUUAUUUGUGUUAUUGGGACAUUAAAACACCCGACAUGGACUGUUGGGCAUUUUGGAAAAUGUAGGCGUAUAGUUACUUUUUUCUCGACUGCCGACUUGACUUAGUAAUAAUGUAAUGAGAGAGGGGAGGGCGAAGAGAGCUGCCGAUAAACAGAAGGAUUUGAGUAAUACUGCAGUUUGCUGGGGAUUCACACGGAUACGCGGAUUACAGCGUUUCUCCGCGGAGGCCGAUCGCCUAGCUCUGCCAUGCGCUUACAUGGGGCUCGUUUCUCCGCCCGGAGCUCGGCUGGACGUUACGGCGUCAGUGAAUGAUCUCGGAUCGCCCUGCUUGAGCGAGGGGCGACUGGGGAAAGCGAGAACUUCACGGGGAAGCCGCACGUCGCCGCGGAGCCGGAGCGCGGCCAUGGCCACGGCGGUGCUGGCGCUGGGGAUCUGCGCCGUCCUGCUGCUCAGCCCCGUCGCGGCCGCUCAGAGCGAAGAGCGCGAGUGUGCCUACUACGACCCGCAGCAGCAGCUGGACGAGCAGCAUGUGGACGGCGUGGGCCACGUCUUGCGGGAGAACACCACGGUGCGCUGUGCCAAGGGCAGCCACUGCUACGGCCUCUGGGGGAAGGCCCGCGAUGGAGACAUUCGAUUGGUCAAGCAAGGCUGCUGGACCCACAUCGGCGACCAGCGGGAAUGCCACAACCACCGCUGUGUGGUGACAGCCACGCCCCCCGCCAUGCAGAACGGCACCUACCGCUUCUGCUGCUGCAGUGGAAACAUGUGCAACGUCAACUUCACGGAGAACUUCCCCCUGCCCAGCCCGACCAGCGCCCAGCCGCUCUACCCUAAGCCGCUGUACCGGGAGGAGGCCAUCGUCAUCGCCCUGGCGUGCGUCUCCGUCGUGGCGGUCCUCAUCGUGGCGCUCUUCUUCGGGUAUCGCAUGCUGACAGGAGACCGGAAACAGGGUCUGCACAACAUGGAUGAGAUGGAGGCAGCCGCAUCAGAGCCCUCGUUGGACCUGGACAGCCUGAAGCUUCUUGAGCUGAUUGGCCGAGGCCGGUAUGGCUCGGUCUACAAGGGCUCUCUGGACGAGCACCCCGUGGCAGUCAAAGUGUUUACCUACGCCAAUCGGCAGAACUUUGUCAAUGAGCGCACCAUAUACCGGCUCCCCCUGAUGGAGCAAGACAAUAUUGCACGCUUCAUUGUGGCUGACGAGCGGCUGACCACGGAUGGGCGGAUGGAGUACCUGCUGGUGAUGGAGUAUUAUCCCCAUGGCUCUCUGUGCCGAUACCUGAGUCUGCAGACAGGGGACUGGGUGAGCUGCUGCCGCGUGGCCCACUCAGUGACGCGGGGUCUGGCCUACCUGCACACGGAGCUGCUGCGCACAGACCUGUACAAGCCGGCGGUGUCCCACCGUGACCUCAACAGCAGGAACGUCCUGGUGAAGAGCGACGGCACAUGCGUCAUCAGCGACUUCGGCCUGUCCAUGAAGCUGACGGGGAACCGGCUGGUGCGUCCCGGCGAGGAGGAGAACGCCGCCAUCAGCGAGGUGGGCACCAUCCGCUACAUGGCCCCCGAGGUCCUGGAGGGAGCGGUGAACCUGCGCGACUGCGAGUCAGCCCUUAAGCAGGUGGACAUGUACGCCCUCGGCCUUAUUUACUGGGAGACCUUCAUGCGCUGCACCGACCUCUUCCCCGGUGAGGCGGUCCCGGAGUACCAGAUGGCCUUUCAGGCCGAGGCAGGAAACCACCCGUCCUUUGAGGACAUGCAGGUGCUGGUGUCCCGCGAGAAGCAGCGGCCGAAGUUCCCUGAGGCCUGGAAGGAGAACAGCCUGGCGGUGCGCUCCCUGAAGGAGACGAUGGAGGACUGCUGGGACCAGGACGCGGAGGCGCGUCUCACGGCCCAGUGCGCCGAGGAGCGCAUGGCGGAGCUGCUGCUCAUCUGGGACCGGAACAAGUCCGUCAGCCCCACCGUGAACCCCGCGGUCAAUCCGGCAGUGAACCCCACCAGCACGGCGCUGCAGAAUGAGAGGAACUUGUCUCACAGCCGGCGGGCACCCAAGAUGGGGCCCUACCCCGAAUACUCAUCCUCCUCCUACAUCGAGGACCACGAGGGCGGCGUGGUGAAGACCCUCCCAGGCGAGGGGUCCACUGUGGGCAGCGGCUCCGUCGGUGGCUCGGCCGGCCUGCCGGGUGGCGGCGAGAAGAACCGCAACUCCAUCAAUUACGAGCGGCAGCAGGCACAGGCCCGGCUGCCCAGCCCCGAGACCAGCGGUACCAGCCUGUCCAACGCGACGGGCAGCAGCACCACAGCGAUGGGGCUCACACCCAGUACCGUCAUGACGACCAUCUCGGAAUCGGGGUACCCUGAAGAGGGGUCAGCCGCGAUGACAGGGACGACUGUGGUCCCUGUGUGCCUGCAGCUUACAGAGGAAGACCUGAAGACCACCAAGCUGGACCCAAAGGAGGUGGACAAGAACCUGAAGGAGAGUUCGGAUGAGAACCUGAUGGAGCACUCGCUGAAGCAGUUCUGUGCCCCCGACCCGCUCAGCUCGGGGAGUUCCAGCCUCCUGUACCCUCUCAUCAAGCUGGCUGCCGAGGUCACCGGGGGUGCGGGGUCGGGGGCCAUGGGACAGGCGGAGUUUGGGAUGGGAGUGGGUGAAGCUCAGCCCCCCGUGUUCCCCCUGCCCAAGCAGCAGAACCUCCCCAAGAGGCCCAGCAGCCUGCCUCUGGGCUCCAAAACCCCCAGCAAGGAGCCGUCCUCACUGCGGCUGAAGUUCGGCAAGCACAGCAAGUCCAACCUGAAGCAGGUGGAAACGGGAGUGGCCAAGAUGAACGCCGUCACUGCCGGAGAGCCCCACCUGGCAACCGUCGCCAUCAACGGGCCGGCUUCCCGCGUGGGCGGCAUGGCCGACGGGUACACAGGCCCGGCCUCAUCGCCUGUCGGUGGCUCCUACGGGAACGCCAGCCUGGCUGGGCCCAAGAUGGACGGCCAGGUGCCGCUGCUGCAGACCCAGCUGAGCGGAGAAGAUGGCCGCCUGAACUCUAGCCCGGACGAGCACGAGCCCCUGCUCCGGAGGGAGCAGCCAGCCGCUCGGGAGCAACGCAUCCUGGACCGGCUUGCGGACCACCACCAUCUGGCGGGCCGCACCAACUCCAACAACAACAACAGCAACAACAACACCCACAACGGUGACGGAAACGGCAACAGGACCGUCGCUGCGGCCUGUCCCCCCGCCGAGCUGCCCGCGGUACCGCAGGUUUCCGCCCCCGCAGCCCCAGGGCCCCCGGAGCAGGCCCCGUUACGCCCGGAGCGGCCCAGGAGAGCCGAGCGGCCCAACUCCCUAGACCUGUCUGCCUCCCCCCUCGAGUGCUACUCCCUGACAGGCGACGGGGUGCCACAGGACGGGAGAGCUGGAUCAGGAGAGAAGAUUAAGAGACGCGUGAAGACACCUUACUCGCUGAAAAGCUGGCGGCCGUCCAGCUGGGCGGUCUCCAGCAGCACCCUGGACGGGGAGGUCAACACCAACGGUGGAAGCGUGCAGUGCGACCACAUCCAGCAGCAGAAUAGGAGCCGGCCCGGCACUGGCCGGUCUAAAUCGAGCACCGCUGUUUUCCUUGUAGGUGGGGGCACUGCCACCUCCACUGCGGCCCUGGCCUCCGACCCAACCAGCAUGACCUGCCUGUGAACUAUGGCCGACCGGGGGUGGGGCUCAAGGAGCUGGGGCUCGUUGAAGAAGAUUCGUCCUUUUCCCCAAAACCGACGUGGUUCAAUUUGUGUUUCGAAAAGUUGUUUAUUGAAAAGAAGAACAGACUUAAAAGCAGCAGACAAGCGCUUCAUUUCGUAUUUUCCCUUCUCGUCGUUCUCCAACUGCUUUAAACAGAACCAAGCUAUGCAGCAGAGUUGGCGUCAGAGGCUGUUCCUUGUAUACGUCAUUUCACGUCCAUCUUUCUGUGUCUGUGUACGUCUGAAAAAUGUAUUUUUGUUGCACUUUUCUAAAAGUUCUUAAUCGCACGGUUAAAUCUGUCUCUCCUUUCACCACACAAAAAAGUGGUCUUAAAAAAAAAUAUUGGGGGGGGGGGGGGAGUACAAUCGUAACCAUGUGUUGAUUUUACAAUCAGUCAGCCACCCAUUUUAAUCGCAGUUCAUGUGUGAAACAAUCUAACAGGAAGAGUGGUGGACUAUAAGACAGGGUUGCCUGCUAUGACUUACCCCCACUGAUUUGUUAAUUUUAUGCAAAGUAGAUUUAUUUGUAUGUUUUAAUAUACGUUUACUUGUCUCGUUUAAUGUCUCUGUAUCCAUUUUGUAUAUUUUAUGAUGUGCAAUAGGCUUUAGCUUUGAGCUACAGUUUUAUUUUAAAUGCUUUUUUUAAAUAUUUGCAGCUUUUUUGAUAUCGUAAGCGGUGCACUUGUAGCCAGCACUUGGCCUGCGUUUAGUCAUAUCCGCGUUCUAUUCUUUUGAGAGACAAUCGUCCAUCUCCUCAGUCGGCUCGCAGCUGGAAGGAACGGAAACAAAAUGGUCUCUGUGAUGGAGGGAGCCGCUUCUCUGUUACGUUUCACCUCCUAGACUGAAGCGGAAGGUGAACGGCAAGAGGUGAAGCCAACGACCACAGUGGAGACGAAAUGCUUGAGGUUGUGGGAAAAACUGGAUCUUUGUCAUGGAAAAAGUACAACACCAGAACCUUGUUACUUCAGUCAAACUUGUAUAGCACUUUUAUUUUUUUUUUUUAAUGUUUUCCUGAGAGAAUGUCUGGACACAGCUCCACCACGUGAUUUGCCCUGCAGCUCCUCCUGUCUCCUUUCUGUGCAGCUUGUACCCUUGAACCCUGGGCUCUGUCUGUGCUGGGGUGGGGGGGGAGG